AUGAGACACAUCCAGACGUGGGAGGCCAACAGUUGGGUUGCCAAGCUGGAGCGCGGUGGCAGCAGCGGCAGCACGCCCGAGGCGUCUACCCCCGCCACCCUCCAGUCGACGCCCAGCGGCGUCCGCUCACCCUGCGUCGAUGGCAGCCCAACUUUGCCGCUGGGCUCCCCCUCGCCCCUGCGGCACACGCUGCAGCUGGCCGCCGACCGCCUGACGGCGCUGCGGGCACCGGAUGCACCCACAGACGCAGGCGGCGUGGCGUUCGGCAGCGCUCGCCGGGCGGUGGCGCUCACCCCACCGCCACCCGCCACUGACGUGCCGGCAGCAGCAGCGGCGUCGGCCGGACGCACGGCCCUGGCAGCACAAGCCACGGCGUCAGCCGCUGCUGGCGUUGAUCCACACCCUACAGCUGCCGCAGCAGACCUGCUGGCACUGGGGGACCAAGCUGAGCUGGUGGGGGCGGAGGCAGACACGCUCCGGGAGGGCCUGCGCGGCGCGCGGCGCCAGCUGGGCGCGCUGCAGCGCCAGCUGCUGGCCAUGCAGCGCCAGGCCGGGCGGCAGCAGCAGCUGCUGGGCACGCUGCUGCUGGAGCAGGAGUGCGAGGUGAAGCUGGCGCGGUCGGAGGCCGAGGCGUACCGCACGGCGGCCAAGGCCCGUACCGCGGCGGUCGGCACGCUGCAGAGUGCGGUGGCGAUGCUGCAGGAGGAACGGGGGCGGCUGCAGGCGCAGGUGCGCCAGCUGGCCGCCAGCUUGGAAGGCGCCAGCCAGCGGGAGGCAGAGCUGGCGGCACUGAACCGGCAGCGCAGCCAGGAUGCCGCCGCGCUGCAGGCGCUGGUCUUGCAGCUGCAGCAGAAGGUUGCGGCGGCGGAGGAGGCGCAGGCGGCGGCGCAGGAGGCGGCGGCGACGGCUGGCCAGCUGGGCGCCACUGUCGACAGCCUGCAGCAGCAGCUGGAGGCGGCGCGGCAGCGGGGCGCGGAGCUGGCUGCAGACAAGGAGCGGCUGGAGCAGCAGGCGGCAGCAGCGGCGGGCGCCGGUGACCAGCUGCAGGCGGCCGCAGCGCACCACGAGGCAGAGCAGGCGGCUCUGCGGCAGCAGGUGCAGGCGCUGGACUGCGAGUCCGCCCAGCUGGCGGCGCAGCUGCGGCAGGAGUUGGAGGAGCAGCGCAGCGGCAGCGCUGCCCUGCUGCAGCAGCAGGAGCAGCUGCGGGCGCGGGCGCAGGCGGCGGAGGCGGAGGCGGGCAGCGCGGCGGGGCAGCUGGCAUCGGCCUGCGAGCAGAACGCGCUGCUGGCUGAGCAGCUGGCGCAGCUGCAAGAGCAGCUGCAGGAGCUGGCGGCUGGCGAGGCACAGCGAGGCGAGCUGGAGGCGGCGCUGCGCCAGCUGGCGGGCGACAAGGCUGAGCUGGAGGCCAGGCUGGCGCAGGCGGAGGCAGACAGCUCCAGCCUGCGCCGCAUGGUGCGUAUGCUCAAGUACGGAGACAGCGCCGCGCCCUCGCCCAUGGCGGCGGCCGCCGGCGCCGGCGAUGCGGCUGGCGACGGCGCCGUGGCGGGCAGCGCCGUGCGCCGGCCGCAGAGCGCCGCCAAGGGGCGGUCGCCUGCGCAGCCUGCUGGUGCGGCGGGCCUGGCCUGGCAGCACGGCUGGGAGGAGGAGGCCGAGGAGAAGGCGGCACAGCAGCAUGGCAGCGACAGCGGCUCGUCAGGCGAGGCGGAAGCCGGUGCUGCACGGGAGGAUGGGUACAGCAGCGGCGGCAGCAGCGCCAGCCACCCGCCGCCGCACCGCGCGGGCAGCAGCAAGCGGAGCGGCGGCGGCGGCGGCAGGCAGGCUUCUCGGUAUUUGGAGGAGCAGGUGCGGUCCCUGACUGGCGCCCUGCAACGCCUGCAACGCCAGAACCGCGACCUCUCGACGCAGCUGGCGGCGGUGGGCAGCGCCCCUGGCGCCAGUGGCGCGCUGGUGCCGGCAGCGGCGGCGCCCGCACCCGCCGCGCUGCGGCACGAGCUCAGCAGCCUGGCUGCAGAGAACGCGGCGCUGCGGCGGCAGGUUGAGGAGGCGGAGGGCGAGGCGGGGCAGGCGCAGCUGCAGAUGCAGCGGCAGCAGGCAGAGGCGCGCGCGCUGCACGCCCAGGUUGUCGAGGUCAUGGCCGCCCUGAGCGAGGCAGGGCUGGCACCCCCGCAGCAGCUGGCCUCGACUGCCGGCAAUGGCACGCCUUCUGCCCCUCCCCCACACGCCCUUUCGGCGGCGCACAGCAGCGGCGGGCGGUGGGCAGCGGCGGCGGCGCUUGCAGGCACCCAGCCGCCCCUGCAACGGCAGCAGCAGCCGCAGCCGGCCACCCCGCAGUCUGCCCUUCAGCAACCGGCAGCCCCACACGCUGCCGGCUCCCAGCAUGUGCUGGCUGACCUGCGGCAGGCCAUGGCAGCUCUGGACCUGGAGGAGCCGGCUGGGCCAGGCAGCCACGACAACGAGUGGGGCCGACAGGAGGAGUGGCUGAGGCUGCCAGGGGCCCAGGCCGAGCAUCGGCAGCAGCCGCAUGCGCCCGGCCAGCCGAUGGCGGCGGCAGCGGCGGCGCUGGCGGCGCUGGCGGCGGACAGCGAUGACGACGGCAGCGGCGUGUCGGAUGUGUUUGGCGGCGAGGAGGGCGCGGAGGUUGGCAUCCCACCCCCUGCCGCCCCCGCCGCCUCUCGCCGGCUGCCUGCUGGCGUGGCCUGGCCCUCGGCCGCGCACAUGGAGCAGGUGGCUCGCGGCAUCACGGCGCUGAACUCGCGCAACGCGGCGCUGCAGCAAGAGAUUGACGGCAUGAGCCUGGCGGGCAGCAGCCUGGCGCCAAGCCCCCCGCGGCGCCUCGCCAGCCGGGCGCCAGCGGUGGCGCGGGGUGCUGCGCCCAAGCCGGCUGCUGCCGCCAGCCACACGCUCCUGCCGCCCACCCCCAAUUUGAGCCAGUCGUGA